AUGUUGGAGACCAAAAUUGUAAUCAUGAUGCUUUUUGACAGCAUUGCCAUGUUUGUUGGAGGUUUUGGCAACAUGAUUAUUUUAAUUAACUGUGUGUUACAAGCGAUGAGAGAAGGACUUUCUCCAUUUAUCCUAAUAGCGUUCACAAUGUGCCUAAAUAACAGUUUGCUAAUAUGUUUUCAGGUUUUAAUGUCCAUUUCUGCAUAUCUUCAGCCAAUGUCUGCACUCUUUCAUGGAGUAUUGAUGGCAUUUUUGUGCUACAGUCUUUGGUCAUCCUCCUGGUUGUCCUUGUACUAUCAGUUUAAGAUAGUGCCCUCUUCAUCAACAGUAAAUGCCUGGGUGAUACGUAACUUUAAUGUCUUAAUACCUUGCUUCAUGUUGUCUUCAAGGGUGAUCUUUGUGGUUGUUGGUUUCUCUUCGAUGUUCAAUGAAGCUUAUAAUUUUUCCACAAACUCUUUUAAUAUUUCCACUGUUUUAAGAAAUCAGACAACCAAUCAUCUCUCUUCGCAGGUUCUGCUGUAUUGCACAUUUGCAACACUGUCAAUUCUGAUAACCUUUAUGUCAGUGAUGAAAAUUCUAACCUCUCUUAGAAGACAUGUACGCAACAUGACAAAGAAUUCAGAAGUGACCACUAGCUUCAAAGCUCACUACACAGCUGCCAAGUCCAUCAUAACACUCCUAGUGUUUAACUUGUUCUUGUUUCUGUCCCAAGUUGUUGGUUACCUGAGAGGAGAUUUGUCUUGGAUAUCUACCUUGAAAAGUAUUGCACUCUCUGUACUAUUAACCGUGUGUCCAUAUAUAUUGAUUGCAGGCAACAAAAAGCUAAGGACUGAAGUAAAGAAAUCUUCUGAACAUGUUAUGCAUAUGUUGGGCAUCAACAGCCUUUUAGCUAAAUGUUCUGCUUAG